AUGUUACCGAUGAGAGCGAGAUUCUGUGUGAGGCUGACGCGUUCCGUGCACAGAUGCAUGAACGAGCAGAGUGCUUCUUUCACUUCAGUACAAGGCAGUUUGCGAUGGAGACAACAGCGAGACUACAGGAGAGCUAACCACGAAGAUUCUGAUCAUUCACGGUCGAAAGGGAGGCGGUGGUGGUAUGCCUCAGGUGCUCCAUUACUAGGACUUUCCUGGUUGGUGACGUUGAAGGAUAUGUUAGGAAUUCAACCUGUCAAACUUGAUAAGGAUCCUUUAAAGGAUAAGGUUAAACAGUCAUGGUUGCAUCGAAAGUACGGCCGCUACACAGAAGCUGUCCAGGUUUUAGAAAUUGCUCUAGAAGAAGCCGAAGGACGUAAAGAGCCUUUACCUAUUACGCGGAUAUAUGAUGAGUUAGCCAAUACAUACUACGAGAUGGGUAAUCAUGAUGAAGCUAUUAAAUAUUUCCAAAUAGUUGUUAAUCGCUUAAUAACCCUGCAUGGAAAACGAGACAGUGAUCCAGAAUUUAUUGGAGUUUCUUUGAAACUGGCGGACAUUUUUGCGCAAAAAGGACAGCUCGACGAUGCGGAAACAGGAUUUUCUCACUGCGUUCGGUAA